UGAGUACUGUUGCUUCAAUGACGUUGUCCAGUCUGUAGUAGUCUGUGCACUGGGGCACUCCUAGCUGUGUACGCUCAAGCCCGGUAAUUGCAAUCAGCUCCGGGAAACCAUGGCCGAACAGGCCCCGGGAUCCUCCCGGUCGUCUCACGAUGACGGGGUUCUCCAGCAGCGAGUGACUGAGCUGGAACACGAGCGAGCUGAGAUGCUCAAGCUUAAGCAGCAGCUGGAGAUGGAGUUCAACCAGAAGCGAGCCAAGUUUAAGGAGCUCUAUCUGUCCAAAGAAGAGGAGCUGAAGAGGCAGGCGUCCUCUCUGGAGACCGCACAGGCAGAGCUGCGGCAGGUCCAGACCCAGCUGGCCGAGGAGCGGGCGGAGAUGGAGAACAUCAAGGCCGUUGCCACGGUCUCCGAGAACACCAAGCAGGAGGCCAUCGACCAAGUGAAGCAGCAGUGGCAGGACGAGGUGGCCUCACUGCAGGCCAUUAUGAAAGACACGGUGCGGGAGUACGAGGUGCAGUUCCACCAGCGGCUGGAGCAGGAGCGUGCCCAGUGGGCACAGUACCGCGAGACGACGGAGCGGGAGAUGGCGGAGCUCAGGCGGCGGCUCUCCGAGGGCCAGGAGGAGGAGAACCUGGAGAACGACAUGAAGAAGGCCCAGGAGGAUGCUGAGAAGCUGCGCUCUGUCGUCAUGCCGAUGGAGCAUGAAAUAGCGGCUCUGAAGGCCAAGCUGACGACCUCCGAGGACCGCGUGAAGGAACUGGAGGCCUCCAAGGUGAAGGAACUGAAUCAUGUUCUGGAGGCAGAGAAGUCGUGCCGCACUGACUUGGAGAUGUAUGUGGCAGUCCUCAACACACAGAAGACAGUACUCCAGGAGGAUGCAGAGAAAAUGCGCAAGGAACUCCACGAAGUGUGUCACCUGUUGGAGAUGGAGCGGCAGCAGCACAAUCAGCUAAAGCACACCUGGCAGCGCGCCAACGACCAGUUCCUGGAGUCCCAGCGGCUGCUGAUGCGGGACAUGCAGCGGAUCGAGAGCGUGCUGACCUCAGAGCAGCUGAGGCAGGUGGAGGAGAUAAAGAAGCGGGAUCAGGAGGACGACGAGAAGGACGAGAAGGAGAGAAUCAGCCAGGCGAAGGACGAGGACGACGGGACCGAGCCUGCUGAAGCUGCUGAGGACUCCCUUAUGGGUCUGUCUAUAGAUGAGGGUCAGCCCAACCACAGCAUUCACAGCUCUUUGCACUCCUUGGACGCAGACACUCCUGGGCGUGCUCCGGGCGGCUCGGACCUGUAUCAGGACGGCCUGCGGCGGGUUCAGUCCACCGACAGCCUGGGCUCGUCCGGCGGAGCGACGCUGCAGCAGCACUCGCACGGCCUGGGGGGCUACAACCACAAGGCAAAGUCGGCCAGCCAGCUGGACGAGUCCGACUUCGGGCCGCUGGUGGGCGCCGACUCCUCGGGCAACUUUGAUGGCUUCGAGACGGCGUCGAUUAGCUCCCUUCAGCCCUCCGCCGGUCACUUCCUGCUCACCAAGGACCAGGAGAAGGCCAUCAAGGCCAUGACGCCAGAGCAGGAAGAGACGGCGUCAAUCCUGUCCAGCAUCUCGCACGCGCCCGAGAACGCCUACCUGCCCCCGUCCGGCUACCGACUGGUCAGCGAGAGCGAGUGGAACUUGCUGCAGCAGGAGCUGAAGAACGCCGGGAGGAAGUUGGGCCGUCGGUGUGACAUGUGCUCCAAUUAUGAGAAACAGCUGCAGGUCAUCCAGGGUCAGGAGGCCGACACUCGCGAUCAGGUGAAGAAGCUACAGAGCAUGCUGCGGCAGGCCAACGACCACCUGGAGAGGACGAUGAAUGAGAAACAGGAAGUGGAGAAGUCGAUGAAGCAGGGCAACGAGGAAACCGCUGCCAAGAUAUCUGCUCUGAACCAGAAGGUGCAGGAGUCAGAGGUGCUGCUGGACGGUCUGCAGCAGGCCUUCGGUCAGGCCAAGAGGAGCACCCAGGAGCAGAUGGCUGUGCUGAUGCGCUCCAGGGAGCAGGUGGCCGAGGAGCUGAGCCGGCUGCAGAGGGACAACGAGAGCCUGCAGGGCAAACACCGGCUACACCUGGCCCUGCAGCAGCAGCAGGACUUCCAGCUGCCCACCACCACCGAGGAACUCCAGUCACUGGUGAUGCAGUACCGGGAGGACAUAGUUUCCGUGCGCACGGCAGCGGAGCACCUGGAGGAGAAGCUGAAGGCGGAGAUCCUCUUCCUGAAGGAGCAGAUCCAGGCGGAGCAGUGCCUGAAGGAGAACCUGGAGGACACCCUGCAGCUGGAGAUCGAGGGAUGCAAGGAGGAGAUUGACAUCUUGGAAGCCUCAUUCUCCAGUGUGAAGACGGAGCUGGAGCGCGUGAGGGCGGAGAGAGAGCAGCUGGAGAAGAGCCUGGCGGAGAAGACAAAGGCGCUGGAGAUGGUGGAGGGCCUGAAGAGCAGCAUGGGGGAGCAGCUCAAGGAGGCCCUGACCAGCAGGACGGCGCUGGAGAGCCAGGCGCUGGAUGAGAAAGAUAAGGCGCAGCGGCUGCAGACGGAGCUGGAUGUCAGUGAGCAGGUGCAGAGGGACUUUGUGAAGCUGUCCCAAACUCUGCAGGUGCAGUUAGAACGCAUCCGACAGGCCGACUCCUUGGACCGCAUCAAAGCCAUCCUGAACGACACCAACCUGACAGACAUCAGCCAGCUCCCGGAAACAUGAUGACCCCCCCCGCCCGCCCCCUCUUCCAUCUCCCAGUCGUCCCUGCAGUGACCCCCAUCCCCACCUCUCCCUCUUUCUUUCUUUCUUUCUUUCUUUCUUUCUUUCUUUCUUUCUUUCUUUCUCUC